AUGCGCAAGGAACACUUUCCCCCGGCCUCCGGCAAGCCACUGGAAGUGGAUUGCCUCAUUGUGGGCACAGGCCCUGCGGGGUCGUCGCUGGCAUGCUUUCUAGCUUAUCAUGGCCUAAAAGGGUUGAUGAUCAACUCAGCCCCAGGGACAGCAGACACUCCAAGAGCCCAUAUCACAAACAUGGCCGCCUUGGAGUGCCUGCGUGACAUCGGCCUAGAGGAGGAGAUUAUGCGCGUGGGAAAUGCGGAUGGCGCCAUGCAGCAUACUCGCUGGUGUUAUAGUAUGGCCGGAGAGGAGUUUGCUAGGCUUUACUCCUGGGGAUCAGACCCGCGUCGAAAGGGCGACUAUGAGCUGGCAAGUCCUUGUUUACCUAUCGAUCUGCCCCAAACGUUGCUGGAGCCCAUUCUCGCCCGGCAUGCAGUGUUACAUGGCUUUGACACCCGUUUCAACACGUCUUUUGUAAACUUCACAGAGGAUGAACACGGCCGCAUUGUGUCCACCGUGCAUGAUGAUUUACUCCAGCACCAGUAUACUAUUCGCUCAAAAUAUCUAUUUGGCGCAGACGGUGCCAGAAGUAGAAUCAUGAAGCAGCUUCAAAUUCCGCUCAUCGCCCAACCGGGUAAAGGAGUCGCCAUCAACGUGCUGGUCAAGGCCGACUUGACCAACCUCAUGAAGACGCGCAUGGGAAAUCUGCAUUUCAUUCUUCAGCCAGAUCGGCCACACCCUGACUUUGGCUGGCUGUGCAUUGCGCGCAUGGUCAAACCGUGGCACGAGUGGAUGUUCAUCUUAUUCCCACAUCGAAAGUUGUGGGAUGCGAAGCCGUCCAAUGAGGAAUAUAUUCAGCACAUUCGGUCCUUAAUAGGGGAUCCAUCCAUCGAUGUCGAUGUUUUGAGUGUAGCUCAAUGGAAUAUCAACGAGAUUGUGGCUGAGAGCUACUCGAGGAAGAAUGUGUUCUGUCUCGGCGAUGCAGUUCACAGACACCCGCCAAUGAAUGGGUUGGGGUCCAACACUUGUAUUCAAGAUGCCUACAAUCUAGCCUGGAAGAUUGCCUAUGUGGAGAAAGGUCUGGCUGGUCCGGGAUUAUUGGAUUCGUACUCCAUUGAGAGACAGCCCGUAGGAAAGUCCAUCGUCACCCGCGCAAAUGAAGCGUUCGAGCAUCAAAUGCAGGUGUGGGAAGUCCUGGGCCUGUUGACCGAGGAUACAGAAGCCCGCCAGAGGGCAAUGCAAGAGCUUAGCCAGUCCACGCCCGCUGGCGCCGCUCGGAGGAAGGCUUUCAAUACAGCGAUUGAGACGUGCCGUCAUGAAUAUCAUGGUUUGGGAAUUGAGAUGGGCCAGCAUUAUAUUGGUAAUGCCAUUUACCAUGACGAUGAGCCCGUGGACACAAGACCCAGUGAGGGUCCCAACACCAGUGACCGCGUGCUUCACUACGUACCCAGCACCAUUCCCGGACGUCGCUUACCGCAUGUGUGGCUCGAUGUGGCCUGUCCGCGCGGAAUGAUUUCGACCCAAGAUCUAGCGGGCAAGGGUACCUUCUGCAUUUUCACGGGGCCUGGUGGGGAGAAUUGGAAAGCCGCUGCCACCGCAGUGAGCCAGAAGCUCUCGGUGCCGAUCAAUGUUUUUUCGAUCGGAUUCCGGCAGGAUUGGGAGGAUGUUUAUAUGGAAUGGGCGCGCGUGAGAGGGGUAGAGGAAUCCGGCUGUGUCCUGGUGAGACCAGAUAGAUUCGUCGGAUGGCGCUGCCAGGACUCUCUGGAUAGCAAAGACACCUGUAAACAAAAACUUGAGAAGGUCUUGUCGGCUAUUCUACAGAAAUAA